AUCGCCAUCCAUCUGCCGCACGUACGUUCGCUUCCUUUCUCCUUCCCAUUUCACCGGCACAUACCCGAGAGCAAAAAGCGAAGCAUGUCGUCUUCCGAGCUCGUCCGUUCCCCGGCAUUACUUUCGGCCGUGUUCGUGCUGUCUGUCUCGGUUACGUUUCUGCCGGCGAGGGCUGUGGUGAAGCUGCCGCCGAACGAGACGGUCCCGGCCGUUAUCGUGUUCGGAGACUCGAUUGUUGAUGCCGGCAACAACAACAAUAUGUUGACUCUCGUCAAGUGUGACUUCCCCCCCUAUGGCGAGGAUUUCCAAGGCGGCAUCUCGACAGGAAGAUUCUGCGACGGCAAAGUGCCAUCCGACCUCAUGGCGGAACAAUUAGGCAUUAAAGAUACCGUGCCCGCAUACUUGGAUCCAAAUCUACAAAAUCAAGACCUAGUCACCGGGGUGACCUUCGCUUCCGGUGGCUCCGGAUAUGAUCCGCUCACGCCCAAGCUUGUGUCGGUCAUAUCAAUGUCGGAUCAGCUGGGUCUCUUCAAAGAGUACAUAGUAAGGUUGAAAGGGUUCGUUGGUGAAGAGAAGGCCAACUUCAUCUUGGCCAAAAGCUUGUACAUGGUGGUGUCCGGGAGCGAUGACAUCGCCAACAACUAUUUCACCGCUCGUGUGAGGCAGUUGCAAUACGACGUGCCUGGAUAUACUGACCUCAUGGUCGGAUUGGCUUCCAAUUUCCUACAGGAUUUAUAUGACCUCGGAGCUCGAAGAAUAGCAGUGUUUAGCGCACCGCCAAUAGGGUGCGUUCCUUCCCAAAGGACACUAGCAGGUGGAGCGGUACGAGGUUGUGCAGAGGAGCACAACGCUGCGGCUCAGUCGUUCAACACCAAGCUCUCUUCCAAGAUCGACUCUCUCAACGGCAAGUUGCCCCACAGCAAGAUGGUCUACAUUGAUGUCUACAACCCACUCCUCGACCUAAUCAAAUUUCCCCAAAAACACGGUUUUAUGGUUGCCGACAAAGGGUGCUGCGGGACGGGGAACAUCGAGGUGGCAAUACUGUGCAACAAACUGACUCCGUCCACGUGCACCGAUGUGUCCGACUACGUGUUCUGGGACAGCUACCACCCCACGGAGAAAGCAUACAAAACCCUAGUGGCUCCCCUCAUCACUAAGUAUCUCAAUAAGUUCUUCUGAUUUGGGCAAGAUGAGGUUCAUCAUGUACAUCCAUGGAGCUCCACCAUCGCUUCGAUUGAAUGUCGAACGCGUCUUCCCUAGAAACCAACGUCUUCU